CUCUAUGUUGAGUUAACUGGCGAUGAGAAACAAGAGAAAAAUAUUCCCAAAGAUGUUCACCUGCAAAUUCGCCAUCUGAGUGCAUCUUACUUCCGAGCAGGAGACAGCUCUAUUAAAGACUAUCGCCAGCCUCUGGGAUCAUACAGGAAAAUCGAGUUUAACCGCUUUGCUACAACUGACCAAAAAAAAUGUGAAGAAAGUACAGCACGUGAGUAUUCUGGGUUUGAAGGUGGUAUUCAGAUCAUUUUCAGCAGCAGCUCUGAAACUCUAGAAUGGCCUACCUGUGGAGCUUCGUCAAGCAACAUCACUUAACAGUCUUAAAUCUCGACUUAAACCUAUCUUUUUAAGAAGUAUUUUUAUCGUUUGUAACUUAGUUUAUUUUAUUCUCACGGUAAUGUAUUUUCGUUUUCUCUUAAAUAUAGGAUUGUAAAGCGCUAUUGAUCAGAAUAUGUAAAUACGCGCUAUAUAAAUUGGUAAAUUAUUAUUAUUACUAUUCAAUUUGCAGAUUACUGAAUGUUAAGUCAUUUUUCACUUUGCCUGCAUCCAACAUGUACCGCCGCCCAGUUAUAAGCUGAAUUGGGUAAAAGGCCGGUUUGCCGAGCGAGAGACCGCUGGUUCAAACCCUGGCCGAUAAAUAACUGAGGAGAAAGUGCUGCCUUUGCAAAAACAUCUGCAAAAGGACAGUCAAGACUUUACAGUUCUCUCUGAUAAUGAUGACGAACCAUAGGCCCCGUCUCACGACCGUUACACAUAUAAAAACUGUGGGAUAUUAGACACGCACUCUUCGUAAAGGGUAGGGGACGUCGUCUCCAAUGUGGUGGCCUCUUAUAAGGGGAGGGACUGUUACGGGUCCGCAGUAAUUGGCGCCACGCGCUGUUGUCUUGCCAAGAAUUGGCGAACCUUAGUGUAUUUUUGGUUUUUAGCUAAAGGGACUCCUUCCCUACAUCCGAAUCUCUGCCAAAAGCCACCUAACAAAUUAUAUAUGAGUAUUGCAUGGGGGAAGGUAGAGGACUAGGCUUGGACUGAGCUUGCAGCUUUUGGUUUUAAAUGUCUUACAUGACUUUGGUGAAAGAGUGCCUCAACUACAGCUAGGAGUAGCGUCUUUCAUACGAGGAUCGGUAUAUAAAUAGAGAGAUAUUUCAGGGUUGAAAAUCACUCUGUUAGAAUAAACAUUGCGAUACUGUUUUUGUUUUGUUUUGUUUUCUGAACAGCAAGCACUUUCUGCCUGACCAAAGUCGACAGCCGCUGGGAACCUAUGUGCAGCCACCCACUGAGUAAAAGCACGUGUCGGGACAGUCUUUUGGGACAAGAAGAGUGCAAGAGUCCUUUUGGUACAUACGAACUGAAGAUCCCUGUGGAUAAAAAUCUGGCUUGUGACAAUACUGGUAUAACAGACAAG